AUGGGGAGGCUGCUGAUGUUGGCUGGUACUGCCUACAAACUGGUGUGCUAUUUCACCAACUGGGCACAUAGUCGGCCAGGCCCUGCCUCCAUCAUGCCCCGUGAUCUGGACCCCUUUCUUUGUACCCAUCUCAUAUUUGCCUUUGCCUCAAUGAGCAACAAUCAGAUUGUUGCCAAGAAUCUGCAGGAUGAGAACGUUCUCUAUCCGGAGUUCAACAAACUCAAGGAGAGGAACAGGGAGCUGAAAACACUGCUGUCCAUCGGAGGGUGGAAUUUUGGCACAUCACGGUUCACCACGAUGAUGUCCACAUUUGCAAACCGUGAAAAGUUUAUUGAUUCAGUCAUAUCCUUCCUGAGAAUGCAUGGCUUUGAUGGUCUUGACCUUUUCUUCUUGUACCCUGGACUACGAGGCAGCCCCCCAUAUGACCGGUGGAAUUUUCUUUUCUUAAUUGAAGAGCUCCAGUUUGCCUUCAAGAGGGAGGCCCUGCUUACCCAGCAUCCAAGGCUGCUGCUGUCGGCUGCCGUCUCUGGCAUCCCAUACGUCAUCCAAACAUCCUAUGAUGCACGCCUUUUAGGAAGAUGUUUGGAUUUCAUUAAUGUUUUGUCUUAUGACUUACAUGGAAGUUGGGAAAAGUUUACAGGACACAAUAGUCCUCUGUUCUCCAUUCCUGAAGACUCCAAAUCUUCGGCAUAUGCUAUGAAUUACUGGAGAAAGCUUGGGACACCCACAGAUAAGCUUAUUAUGGGUUUCCCUACCUAUGGACGCACCUUUCAUCUUCUCAAAGAAUCUAAGAAUGGAUUGCAGGCUGCCUCAAUGGGACCAGCAUCUCCCGGGAAGUACACCAAGCAGGCUGGCUUCUUGGCUUACUAUGAGGUUUGUUCCUUUGUCCAGAGAGCAAAACAGCACUGGAUUGAUUAUCAGUAUGUCCCAUAUGCUCUUAAGGGGAAGGAGUGGCUCGGCUACGAUGACACUAGCAGUUUCAGUUACAAGGCAAUGUAUGUGAAAAGAGAGCAUUUUGGGGGGGCCAUGGUGUGGACUCUGGAUAUGGAUGAUGUCAGGGGCACUUUCUGUGGCAACGGCCCUUUCCCUCUCGUCCAUAUAUUGCAUGAGCUCUUGGUGCAGGCAGAAUCCAACUCAACCCCCUUGCCACAAUUUUGGUUUACAUCAUCUGUGAAUGCCUCAGGACCUGGCUCUGAAAAUCUGGCGGUGACAGAGGUGUUGACCACUGAUACCAUAAAGAUUUUGCCCCUGGGAGGAGAGGCUAUGGUCACUGAGGUCCACAGAAAGUAUAAAAAUAUGACUACAAUCCCUAGUGGUAGAUUUAUGACCCCUGGAGGAACAGCAUCUCCUCGAAAGCAUUCUGUAACUACAGAAAGUAACACUAUGGCUUCUGAGGCAAAAACUAUGACCACACUGGACUUUUCUAAGACUACCACUGGGAUCUUUAAGACCACCACUGGGAUCCCUAAGACCACCACUGGGAUCUCUGAGACCACUAUUGGGAUCUCUAAGACCACCACUGGGAUCCCUAAGACCACCACUGGGAUCCCUAACACCACCACUGGGAUCUCUGAGACUGCUAUUGGGAUCUCUAAGACCACCACUGGGAUCCCUAAGACCACCACUGGGAUCCCUAAGACCACCACUGGGAUCUCUAAGACCACCACUGGGAUCUCUAAGACCAUCACUGGGAUCCCUAAGACCACCACUGGGAUCCCUAAGACCACCACUGGGAUCCCUGAGACCACCACUGGGAUCCCUGAGACCACCACUGGGAUCCCUGAGAUCACUACUGAGAUUCCUAAGACCACCACAGGGAUCCUUAAGACCACCACUGGGAUCCCUAAGACCACCACUGGGAUCUCUAAGACCACCACUGGGAUCUCUAAGACCACCACUGGGAUCCCUAAGACCACCACUGGGAUCUCUAAGACUACCACUGGGAUCCCUAAGACCACCACUGGGAUCCCUAAGACCACCACUGGGAUCUUUAAGACCAUCACUGGGAUCCCUAAGACCACUGCUGGGAUCCCUAAGACCACCACUGGGAUCCCUAAGACCACCACUGGGAUCUCUAAGACCAUCACUGGGAUCCCUAAGACCACUGCUGGGAUUCCUAGGACUGCCACUGGGAUUUCUAAGACCACCGCUGGGAUGACAGUAACAGUUCAGACACAGGAAAAUGAGGGAGAGACCACAGCUACAAUGGCUCAUCAGUCUGUAACCCCUACAGGGAUUGAUAUGACUCUUGUCUAUCUUCAGACUAUGAAGUCCAGUGAGAGGGAAACUUCCAGGAAGAAAACUGUGGUUUCUGAAAAGAUUACUGUUCCCCCUAGAGAGAUGUCAGCUACCUCUAAUGGACAGAGUACAGCUCUGAAAUGGGAGAGUUUGAUUACUGAGGUAGAAACAUACCCCAAGAUGGGUGAAAUUGGUCUUCCAGCUCAUUAUCCUGUUCCCAUGAUAUAGUUCUUUCAUUUUUGAAAAUGGCUUCACUCUUAUUGAUGGGAACCAUUUGUCAACUCAAUAGCCCUUCUAACAAAUCUCUUAAAAGAAAAAAGAAAACCUGGGAAACUCUGUUAUGAAUCAAAGAUCAUGAGCUCCACUGGUGGCAAUUCCUAGGGAAAACACCUGUCCUUUCUUCUAUGUGUUACAACAGAUGUUACCUCAUGUUGCCACUCACAAACCGUUAUGGGGCAAAGCUGGCACCAAAGCC